ACUGAGCGACGUACCUCGCUGAAAGUGACUCCGUUUUUGGACGUUGCCUGCGGGGGAAAAGAAGGAGAACAAGUGUGAAAGUGAAAGACAAUCCAUCUCGUUGGAUGAGCUUCGUCAUGAAGCUAGCCUGGCUGGCGUGCGUCGUCACAACCGCGGCCGCCCUAACCAAUGGCCGCGGCCCAUCGAACUGCGAGUCCAAGCUGCACAACUGCACCGACUUGGUGAAGCCCUUCCUGAACGACCUGCGGUACAUGUUCCCAACCACCAUCGAGGACGUUGACGACAUGUGCAAGAUGUGGAGCCGCUUCGUGGACUGCAUCCGCCGCUACGUGACCGACUGCGCCACCGAGGACCAGAGGUCAAAGUUUAACAACGCCGUCGGAGAUUCCAUCGACACCGUGCACGCCAUAUGCAGCUCUGAGCGGUACCAGAAAGAGUACCUGCAGAACGCAUCCUGCUUCCGCAAGGUCUCCGUCGACAACUGCGGCGUCUUCUACACAGCCAUGGUGGAUCAGGUCACCAACCCGGCAUCCAGGCACGAUCACAUAUGCUGUUCGUACAGCCAGUUCAAGAGUUGUGUCAGCGAGCCCUUGCUGAGGCUUUGCGGCAACCGAGCGAGGACCAUCAUGGACCACUCCAUGGCUUUUCUCAUCGAUCGUUGCGGGAAGUCAUACUACUCGUAA